GGCCGCAGUAUUCUUGGCCGUCCAAAACAGCUGACAAUCGCGGGCUUUCGUCAGCUCAGGUCGCGAGUCGUGAACCGCGGUGGAACGAACGGCCAACAGCCAGUCUGUAUUCAAGUCUAUCGAUGCAACAUUGUGCCUUUUCGGUAUUUACCUACUCCAUGUUCACAUCAAAUAACUUGAUCUUACAGCCGUUUUAUUCCUGCGUUACGUUUCAAUAUAUUCGGUCGUAAUUCAUUAAACGCCCGCAUCUUAGUAAUCGUUUGUUUACAAAACAAAACACUCGCGCCUACGCGAUUUUUUCCUAUAGCGUUCGUACAAGGUGGCCAUGGAUGGUCUGAGAUUCGCUAUACAAUCUAGACUCGGGGAGAGGAUGAUCAGUAUGAACUCCACUUUGGUAGAGAUGGUCAAUAUUAAUUAUGAAGACUUUAACGAAAGCUUCCUUACCUGCGGCACGUGCUUAUGUAUGUAUGAUGGCAGCGAACACACUCCAAAAUUGCUUCAGUGUUCACAUACGGUCUGCUUGCAUUGCCUCACGCGAAUUGCCGCGUCCCAAACACGGGACACGGGAUCUUUUCGAUGUCCGAUUUGCAGAGAGUUGAUUACUAUUCCCAGAGGUGGUGUCAGCGCAUUGCCGCCGUCUUUUUUAGUCAAUCAGCUGUUGGAUCUGAUGUCCAGGCAAAGGAGAGAGGUCAUUCCAAAAUGUUCUGUUCACAUUAAUGAAGAACUCCUGUUUUGUGAAACCUGUGAUACAGUGUUCUGUACACAAUGUACCGGCGGUUCGCACAAUGAUAGUACGAACAGUUGUGAACAUACAAUUAUACCUUUUUCCAUCGCUAUAAAGAGAAUGUCCGAAAUACUCUUGUAUAAAGCAAACGAAUGUAUAUCAAAGUUAUCGCAGGCUCAGGAGGGAGUGGCCUCAGAGUUGAAUAAGUUAAAUAUUGCCAAAGAUAAAUGUAUAGAGCAAAUAGAGGCGACCUUCCAGCAAAUUCAAGUAGCCAUAGAUCGCAGAAAGCAAGAGAUGGUCGAUCAAGUUAAUCAAAUGUGUAAUGAAAAGAAACGAGUUUUGGACGAGCAACAUGGGCUAAUAGAAAAUGAAAAAAAUAAGGUUGAGCAAGAAUGUCAGGGACUUCAGUAUCAGGUGGAAGUUCGAAACAUCACACAAAAAAUCGAAAUUCUCACUGAAAAGUUAGACACCGCAUUUAGUCUAGGAGAGCCUAGGGAAAAUUGUUUUCUCACAUGUGAUUUCAGUCUUAAUGAUAGUUUAGAUCAGAUACAACAGCAUUUAGGUAUUUUAGGGAAGGUCAGGACCAGUACUACUUUUCCUAGUUUAUGUACGGCGCAAAUUGACGAUAAUAUUAUUGCUGGAAUAGAGAGCUGCGUUACGCUUACGACUGUAGAUUAUCACGGAAAUGCGAGAAAAACUGGUGGUGAUCCAAUUCAAGCUGAAGUUUCUCUGGUUACCGCCGAUCAAAAUAUGGAUAGCGUUUGUCCACUUAGAAUUCACGACUGUGAUGAUGGUACUUAUAAAAUAUUCUUUCGAGCGCGAAAAGCUGGAAGAUAUGGUGUUAAAAUAUCUGUGAUCGAUCGUCCCAUUAAGGAUAACCCUAUGUACUUUGAUGUAUCAGAACACAAUAAUCCUAUAGCGAUUUACGGAACAAGAGGAAGCGGAAAAGACGAAUUUAAUCAACCCGUCGCUGUAGCUAUAGAUGAGAGAGAUCAGACUAUUUAUGUAUUAGAUACAGGCAAUUCCAGAAUAAAAGUACUGAAUGAGCAGUUUGAAUUUUUAAAACAUGUUACUAAUGAAGGAUUGUUGGGAAGAAGUUGUACGGGAAUAGCGAUCUCAAAUAACGGCUUGGUGGUAGUUAACUGGCGUAGUAAAGUCAUAACUGAAAUGGAUACAGAUGGUGGAACUAUCAAAUCUUUUACAUACAAUGCCUUCCAGGAACCAAUAGACGUAGCUGUAGAUCGGAGUUAUGGCCAUCUUUUAGUAGCGGAUAAUGGAAUGAGCUGCGUUUUUGUUUUUGAUGAUGAAGGAAAAAUUUUGUUUCAGGUUGGUAAAAAAGGCACCUUUAGUUUGAUCUCAUCUGUGGCAGUUGGAUCAACCGGAGAAAUUUUUGUCGCUGAUUCCAGAUUGCAAAUGUUCUCGGCAAAAGGAGAUUUCUUGGAAAUUAUCUAUGAUGAAGGAAAAGGCAAAGGAAGAUAUGGCGGUAUAAUUGUCGACCAAGACAACCGCAUAAUAGCCAGCAGAACAGAACAAAAAGGUCGAACUUAUCUCCAAGUAUUAUCCUCAAAUGACAAAAAUGUAAAUCAGUAUGUAGAUUCACACGACUCGAAAUUAAAAAGACCUAGUGGUUGUGCAGUUACCAACGAUUUUCACGUUGUUGUAGUCGAUUUGGGUAAUAACUGCAUCAAAAAAUACAGAUACUGGUAAAUCAGUCCAUUAUGAUUACAAAACAUUUUCUUAGAAGUAAAAUACUUCUAUAGAAUGUUCACGUUAUGAGUACAUGAGGUACUUCCUAUUUAAGUGAUCAACAUGACUUUAAGUAACUUAGUUAAGCUUUUAUAAAUUGUUUUGAUAUUAAAUAGGUGAUUUUAAAUAACUUAUAUAAUAUAGAAAGUCAUAGAUCAGUUAAAUGGCAAGUUUUAGACUGAAAGUUUAUUUUAUUUAAUUUUGUAAGAGUAAAACUGUUUUUUUUUCCUUGUUUGUAUUAGAAAGUUGAUUUUAUUUUUUCAAAUUAUUCCCCAAAAGUCAGUAAGUAGGUCUAGUUGUAAGAAAAUGUUUAAGUAUCAUACAUUUAUAAAUUGUAUAUGGAAAAGAUUAAAAAGGGAGAUUCACAAUGCUUUCUGAUGGGAUCACCUUACGUGUACAUAUUCUAAAAAUGUUGAAAUUAUUUUGUGAUUAUUCACUAAUAGAUUUUAUAUGAUAAUUUUACAAAUAAUUUCAGAGACAAUUUUCUCGUUCUAAGAGAUCCGCUUAACAUGUUGAAAUAUUUCACCUAUUUAUAACACUUAACCUUUUUUUAUAAAUGCCUUGUAUGUAUGCAUUGAGUGUCAUUACACAAGAUUACUUUUCUAUUUUUAAAGUAAUUAUUUGUGGCUUACUUUCUCAAUUAUUGCUGCCAAGUUACUUUUUAAUAGUACUUAAAAAGUAAACGAUAUUUUGUAAAGCGCAUGUGUUUUGUACAAAUUAUUUUCAUUGUCUAGUCACUAGUAUGUAUUUUUUUAUAUAUUGUACAAUGCAGUUAUGCUUAAUAUAAGCAUCCCAACAAUCAA